GAAACUAAAAUAUUUAUUUUCUAAAACUCAGUAGGCUCAAUUUCCUAUCCUGCAAAUAUAAAGAGCAGAAUUCUUCUUCGUAUUCAAUUUCGUGAAAACAAUGGCCGUUGAAGUGUUGGUUGAUGCCCUGCCCUACAUUGAUCUCGGUUAUGAUGAUCCCGGCGUCCGAGAAGCGGCUAUCGCAAUGGUGGAAGAAGAAUGCCGGCGUUACCGGCCGACGAAAAACUACCUGGAACAUCUGCCGCCCCUAGCUACCACUGCAUUUGAGACCGAGCUGAUGACUGCCGAGUUCGAACGCAUCCAGAACCGUUUACCGAUGGAACCGCUGAGCAUGAAACGGUACGAACUACCACCGCCACCGGCCGGCAAAAUGAAUGAAGUGUCAGCGUGGACGGAAAGUGUGGACAAUUCGAUGGCCCAGCUCGAGCACCAAGCCGUACGGGCCAUGAACCUGGAACUGAUGUCAGAGUAUGGAUGCGAGAUGUGGAAAUCCUAUCUCGAAACACUGGUAGCGAUGCAGGCCAAGUGUCAAGCGCGCCUGGCGGAAGUGAAGAAGGAAAUACAGGACGUGAACUGGGGCCGAAAAACGAAGCAAACGCAGGGAGGUGAAAAGCUGCGCUCACUCGAAGCUCAGUGGGUCAUGCUGGUGUCGAAGAACUAUGAAAUCGAGCAGGCCUGUGCUAAGCUGGAGGAGAAAACCUACCAAAAGAAUAUGGAGCUAAAUAUCUCGCAAAAAUAAAUUAAAUUCGUAAUUACUUUUACUUAGUUGUUUUCGAGGUUAACUUUGAUUUGGAAAACCGCACAUUGAUCUGCGAAUCAAAUUCAACUCAAAUUGUUACUCUCUCCUAGAGUGUUGUUUUCAGAAAAUUUAUUCUUUUUACACAACUACAUCAAUGGCUUCAUUUACACCGACAACUAAACAUACAAACACGAAACACAUUUAACAUUCAUUGUUGAAAGCAUUCUACUUUGCUAAUUUUUCAGCUUGAUUAAUAUGUGAUCGGGUUCGCUUGGGUUCUGAAAACAAAAUCAACCGAUUGAGGAUUUUUCCAUGCUUAGGCCUUCUUUGGUCAUUCGAAAACAAGCGAGAAGCGGAACAUGUAAUAUGAAAUUUCAUGAUUUGAGAAAAUACUGCUCUUCGAUCACUCGACUUUCUACAAACCCACCGCUCACAAUUAAUGUGUACUUUGCGUAAAAUU